CGUUCUCAACAGGCAGCAGAGUCAAGUUUGGACAAAUAGAACGAACUGUUGGGAAUAUUGCAGAUAGGCUGACUGGAAAGAUGGUUGACAAGUUUGUGGGGACCUGGAAAAUGAUUUCCAGCGAGAACUUUGAUGACUACAUGAAAGCUUUGGGUAUGAUAUUUGUCUAAUCUUAAAUAAAUUAUUGAUUAAAUAUGAAUGUAUAUAAUUAUGAUACAACAUAAGAAUUAGUCAUUUGUAUUUAUAUAAAAGUUAUUAUGCAUUUCUAAUGCUUUGGGUUGGGCAACAACACACUGCCAAUACAUCCCUCUUGACAGUUUGAUCUCCGUUGUGCAGGUGUUGGUUUCGCGACCCGACAGGUGGGAAACCGCACCAAGCCCAGUCUGAUCAUCAACAUGGACGACCAAGGAAUGAUCUGUUUGAAAUCCCAGAGCACUUUCAAAACCGUUGAGAUUAAAUUCAAUCUCAACGAGUCUUUCGAGGAAACAACCGCCGACGACAGAAAAACAAUGGUUGGUUGGGAUCAAAAUAUGUGUGUGAAAGUCCGUUGACUUGGGUUAACGGGUCAUUGGAAAUAACUGUCAUUUUUUCCUUUCAUCUUCAGACCGUUUUUACUCUUGAAAAUUGCAAACUUGUGCAAAAACAGAACUGGGACGGCAAAGAGACAACAAUAGAGAGAGAGGUGACUGGUGAUGGAAAGUUGAUAGCGGUAAGGAAUAGUUUUUUAAUUUCUUAUUUUAAAAAACAACGUUAUUAUAGCUUACACGUUUCUCAAAUGGUCCAGUAGACUUUUUUUGGCAUGUUUGUAGUGCUUGUUUAUUUGUAAAUAACUUCUGGACUUGACAGACUAAUGUAAAAAAAAAAUGUAUGAUAUUAUAAAGUCAUUUUUCUAAACUUUUUUCACCACAAAGUUGAAAUGUUGCCAAUGAAACUUGUUGGGAAAGUUAAGUCACACUUGACCAUAUAUGCUCAACCAUUUUACAUCUAACUUUGAACAAGUGACUGAACAAGUGUUUUAUCACUCUUUAACAUAAAACAUGCUUGAGUGUGUAUUCCUGGCUCUUCGCCUGCACCUGAAACAUCUCAACUCUGACCCAACACACCCUAUUUUCCUCUCCUAUUCUCCUCUCUUCUCCUUUCCCCUCCUCUUCUCUUCCUCCCCUCUUCCACUCUUCCUUCUCAUCCUUACAGAAAUGCAUGAUGGGGGAUGUGAUUGCGGUGAGGACAUACAUGAAGGAGGUCUAAUGGGACUCAGGACCAUUUUGUUUCGGAUGACGACAGGCUCAGUUCAAUGAGCAGCAAAGCUAAAGUUACAGCACCUAUUGCUCAUAUUCUUCAUUGUAUUGCCAAAGCAAAUUUAUGCAUUGUACUACUCCAAUAUGAUACAUUUGGUUAUAAACAUUGUUUUGAUUUUAAUAAAAACCUUAAAAUUGC